GCGAAUCCGUUUCUCCGGUCGAAACAAAGACGCCGAAUGCGCGUCUCGUCGUCCAGCGUGAGGGUCGGUGCAGCAGAGCACAUCAGCGUGCGCGCGCGCGCGCGUGCGGGGCAGAGGAAGGUCUGGAUGGGUGUUUCUCUUUAAUUCUGCGGCAUCUCCCUCGCCGUAUGCGGGCCUGCCGUGGAGGAGGGCGGACCGGGAACACAAUGAGCAGAUUUCGGACAGUAAACAACGGGUGCGUCACGCACGGAGCGUGGACUUUCACGCGCCGCUCGCUCAGCCAAGUUUGCGUGGAUCGCGUCUGAGGAUGGCGCCAGGCUCGUCAACUUGAAGCACGGGCCCGGUCCGAGCGCUGACCUCGGGUAAACCCGCGGACUUCGGAGGCAUCCUGCAGGGGCGAUUUUUGCGCAGCACGGAAACUCUGGCGCAGCGCGAAGGGGGAUGAUCUCCGGAGCAACCGACCGCACGAGCGACUGGGACCACGCGGGAUCAUUCAGAAGGAGCCACGGCGUCGGUGCAAACAUGAUGUCACUGAUAGAUCUGGACGACGACCAGGGCUGGGUACCCACGCACGUCAAUGUCACCGUCCUCCGAGCCAGAGGGCUGCGGACCAAGGGCAAACACGGCAGCCGCUACCUCUACACCAUCAUCCAGGUGGGGAAGGAGAAGUACACCACCGGGCUGGUGGAGAAGGCGGAGGUGCCCGAGUGGAACGAGGAGUGCUGCUUCGAGCUGCUCCCCGGGAUCCUGGAGGACGGCGGCCGGAGCGCGUACCCCCCGGGGAGCGGCGACCUGGUGCUCACGGUCAUGCACCGGGUGCUCAUCGGGCUGGACGUGUUCCUCGGUCAAACCAUCAUCCCCCUGGAUCACGUAUUCCAGCAGGGAACGUGUCCAAGAGACGAGUGGUUCAAGUUGAACUCCAAGGCCGGACGCAGGGAGAAGGAGCGCGGCGACCUCCAGGUCACGGUCAAGUUCACGCGCAACAACAUGACGGCCAGCAUGUUCGACCUCACCGUCAAGGACAAGCCUCGCUCCGCGUUCGGGAAGCUGAAGGACCGCGUCACGGGCCGGAAGCGCGGCGACGUGGAGUCCUCCUCCGCCAUCGUGCCGGGCCGCUACGCCGCCCUGGCGGGGCCGGCGGGGCCGGCGUUCGGGCAGGAGGCCGCGGGCGGCGGGGGGGCGCGGGAGGCGGAGGGCGCCGAGGACAAGAGGAGCAAGAUGAAGGACUUCUUCAAGGGGCGGCUGCGCAAGUCGUCCGACACCAGGUCCUGCACGUCUCUGGCGUCGGAGAGCAGCAUGUCGUCCAUGGCCAGCGACAACCCCGUGCCUCCGCCCGCCCUGGACCUGCUGUCGGACCCGCCCAGCUCCCCCAUCUACACCAGCAAAGUGAGGGCGGACCCGUAUGGGGAGAGCGAUUUAGCCAAGAAAGCUGUGCUCACCAGCCACCACACCACUAACGUCCUCACGCACAAGCGGGCGUUCAGCGACGAGGCCAGCAAGAUCACGGCGUUCCCUCGGACGAACCCCGCGGUGGAGUCUCUCAAGGGUCAGACCAUGACCCAGUCCAAGUCCUCGCUGUGCAUCAACGGCAGCCACGUGUACGACUCCGAGCCGUCGACGCCGAGGAGCUCGGGGGCCCUCCCGUCCAAGCUGGUGCUGCUGGAGAAGUGCUCGCCGCUGUCCCGGUCCCUGCAGAACCUCACCAGGAAGAGCGAGGACAGGGGCCCCUUCGCGGAGCGGUGCUGGUCCACUGACAAGGCAGAGAAGGGGGACGAAGGGGAGGCCCAGGACGAGGCCCGGCCCGAGGAGCGCCCUGUGCAGGCGGCGCCGCCCGUCGUCUCGUCCGCGGCGAGUUCACCGGAGAAAGGGCGGCGGCUGAGGAAGACGCUGUUCUCGGGGGGGAGGAGCGAUUCCCUCCCGACCAAGUCGGACCCGAACCCGGCCGCCACGGCGUCGGAGGGGAGGCUCAGAGGCUGGUUCGGCUCCGGGGACUCCCAGAACAGGCCCAGGCUGGAAGUUUCUCCUAAGGUAGAAAGCAGCUCAGACGCACCCCCUCCCCUCCCUCCUCGCUCCCCCGUUCCUCCCCAGUGCUCCUCUGCCUCCCCCUCUGCUCAUGUCCUACCGGAUGAUCCCGCCCGACCCCUCACCCCUUCGUCCUCUCCCUCCUCACCCCCCAUCUCCCCCUCUAACCCCUUCCUUCCACAUAUGCAGCACAACCCCUUUUUUGAGGAGCUCAUAGCUGAGGAGUCACAGAGGACCCCUCCUCUGGCUCCUUGCUCCUCUCCUGGCUCAUCCCCCUUCCACUUCACCACUGUCGCCUCGCAGCCCUGCACAUCCGGCCCGAACGCUCCCAGCGUGCCUUCCACGAAGCGGGAGCGCCCCAGGCCUGUAGCUAGGCAGAUUUCACUGCCUGCGUUCGAAGCAGCCACACAGAACUCCACGGACCUCCCGGCCCCUCGCUCCAUGUCGGAGAGCGCGGGGGAGUGGGAGGAGUCGUUCGACGCCUUCGCCUCCAGCCGACUGAACUCCCCUAAAGGGGGUCUUCACCCCAAACAGCCCAGGACUAGUCUCACUUCAUCCCACAGACAUAGUCACGGUCCGGCCAUCAGCAGCAAUCACACAGGGCUGCAGGCGUUCGCCGAGGAGCCUCCGCCGCUGCCCCCGAGGCGGCCGGUUCGAACCCCGGUGAGCGAGCUCUACUCGGACGGCUGGCUGCACAGAGGCCAGGAGCUGGCGGUCCAUAAGGAGGCCUACCUCCUGUCGCAGACCGGCGUGGCCUCGCUGCAGCGCGGGCGCGAGGGCGGCGCGUCCCCGGACCCCCCCGCCGGCGCCGAGACCUCGGACCCCGUCGGCGUCCGGGCCCAGGCGGCGACGGGCACGUCGGGGUUCUCCUGCCAGGAGGAGCUCAGGAAGUUCCGCUACGAGCCGCUGCAGGACGAUAAUGACUGCUGGGGGGGUCUGCUGUUCGAACAGGACCUGUACGGACGCACCUGUAAGGGGAACUAUGGGAAACCGAAGGCCACACACCCCCUUUUAUCACUGUGCACAGAGGAAACGCCUGGAAACAACGUCGCGUUGAGCAACUCAGGGCUUAAAACUCUACUUGACACCGAGAUCUCGGUUACGGAGCUUCUCAACAUGUCAAACCCCUCCUCCCUCAACGCAGACGCAAAGGUACCGCAAAUUACAAACACCGUAGCAGAGGAGACAGCGGACGAGUUCGACCCCCAUGAACCCAACAACAACGUCUCUUUCUCCCUGACGUUAGAGGACCUGAACAUGAACGUUAACAAUUCAGACUUUAGCUUUAUCGACUCUGAUGGCUCCUCUCAGUCCGAGGCCGCUGAGGUUCUGAGGGGACCCGCCGGUCCAACAUGGCAGCCCCCACAGCUGGUGGUUUACCGCACCGAGACGCCCCCUGAGGAGCUGCUCCCUCUGAAGGACACCUACAUACCCGAGACAGACUCUUCCUUCGAAAUAACGCCAUCGUCCAACAAGCUGUGUAAAGUCUCUCCGGUUUGCCAGGACGGCCCCCGUGAGCCGACCUCCAGGGUCCCAGCGCCACCGUCUCCAAUUCAAGCAUUCAAUUCGUCCACUUUUCCACCCGAAUCCAGCGAAGGCCAAGCAGGAAGUGAAGGCGUAGACUUUGAUGAUAAUGGAAACCUAGAUGUUCAAUCGGAGCCGUUUCCUGUGGUCAGUGCCCGUUUUCGACCCAGAGCAGUGAACCAGCGGAGGGACGCUGAGUUUGACCAGCUGCUGUCGCUGGUUCAGAACAUCUCACGGGCCGGUGGCGGACCGUGGUCGCGUCAGAGCGCGACUCCAGCUCCUCCCUCAGGAGCGCUACGCGAGCCGACCGGCUCCGAUCUGCAGUCGUCGGGCGACAGCGCGACGGGAAAACGCGGUGAGGUCAGUUUUGAAGACCUCCACGCGAGAGUGGCGCCAAGCUCGAGGGCACCGCGGCAGGCGCCCGGGGCCCCGCCCCCCUCCAACCCCCUCCCCGCUGCCAACGCCCACCUCCACCCCGCCCCCCUCUGCUGCGCCUCCACGCUGCCCUCAUGCACGGGGCCCAGUGCUGGAGCCAGCGCCACCCUGGCCGUGGCCCCCUACAUCUCCUCCUCCUCCACCACCUCCUCCUCCUCCUCCACCUCCACCUCCACCUCUGACCAGCCCCUGGUCGAUGCACGCCACUCACUUUUGCCUGAGGAGACACAGCCAGCUAGCAGCCUGCCCCGUCAGGAGAGCAGAUCUCACCCAGUGAAGCCUUUAACCUCCAGCCAGUCCGAGAAGAAGGAGGGCCGCUCGGUUCUGGAGAAACUCAAGUCCACCAUCCACCCCGGACGCAGCGCUCAGCAGGCGGCGGCGGAACCGGAGAAGACUGUGGAGGUCGCUGUGGACAACUCGGCCCAGUACCAGCACCUGACCAACAUGGAGCUGAUCUCCCUGCUGCUGCAGCAGGAGAUGGACAUGCAGAAGCAGCAGGCGGCCUCCGAGCAGCAGGGGGCGCAGCUGCAGAAAUGCGAGGCCGAGCUGAGGAAGGUGAAGUCGCAGGUUCGCGACCUGGAGGACUACAUUGAUAACCUGCUGCUGCGCAUCAUGGAGCAGACGCCCACGCUGCUGCAGGUGCGAACCAGGCACAAGUGACGGAUCUCCCAGGCCCCCCGCUGAUACUGCCCAUGAUGUAGACACAGUAUUACCCAGCAUGCAUGCCGGUCAUCUCAGUUCACUCAAAACGCUGGAGCCAAAAUGGAGGCAGAGUAUUGUUUUACCUAAGUUUACUAGAAUAAUUUAGGGUAGUCAGCAGCUGAAACAUUUAACCCUUUCAACACAGGUGAGAGAAAGUGGAAGCACAUUUCAUUUGCUUCUGAGAAACGAAAGUAAAAUAUGAUGUUGACUCAUCUAAGGUGUGAACGUGCAUGAGCAACAUGUUCUUUUCAUUAGUUGCAAAAUGUUAAUUGCACACUUGUUAACUGAGACAAAGGCAUAUUUUCAAACUGAAUUUAGUAUAUUAAUAUGAAGUAUAUUAUAAAAUGCUGCUUUGCAAUGUGAACACUAUAAGAACAGAUGUUUCUGCAUUAACAUUGCUGUAAAGAUGUUUUCUGUCAAUAAUUUGUUGCCACUUUCUAUAAAAUGUGAGGCUCUUCACACUUUGCGCCUGUUACACUACACAUUUCUGCUUCGUUACGACUCAUUCUGCUGUAGAACUAACUCGGCAUCCCAACGGUGAGUCCCAGAAGCCGCUGUAGUGCCCUCCUCGCUGUACAUGACCGCAGCACUGUACUCCAAUAAAGGUUACGUGCACAUGAA